AUGCAAGCAUGUCCAUUAAAUUCCAAAGAUUUGUUAAAAUUACGAUGUCGAUUUCGUACUGGACAGUAUACUUUGAAUGAUUUAACUUCUGAUUCAACUAUUGAUGAACUAUUGCAAACAAUUACUUCACUUAUAGGUGUUACACAAUCUCGUAUAUCACUUUAUUAUGGUUAUCCUCCAAAAAAGUUGGAUUGUAGCAUUUCAAGUCUUAGUAAGCAUCUUUGGGAGAUCCCUAUUCGUUCGGGUGACAUGCUUACUGUUGAUGUAACAGAAGAAAAACCAGCGAACGUCAAUUCACAAAAUGUAAAACUUCAAUCUCAUAAACAUGAAAUAAUCUCUAAUAAACAAUCUGAAUCACAUAUUGUUCGAUUAUCUGCACCAUCUGAUAAUUCUUGUCUAUUUACAAGUGUUCUUUUCUGUAUGAAUAAUGAAGAUAAUCAUUUAAAAAUUGGUACAAAAGUUGUAACAAAUAUUGCUGAAGUCAGUAAUUUAAGAGAAUUAAUUUCUGGUAUUGUGUUAAGUGAUCCAAUCAAGUAUUCUGAAGCAUUCCUUGGGAUGUCAAAUGAACAAUAUUCAAAUCAAAUUAGACAAUCAGAUAAAUGGGGUGGAGGUAUUGAAGUAUCCAUUUUAUCACAAUUAUAUAGAAUUGAAAUAUGUAUUGUAGAUAUUGAAUCAUGUCGAAUUGAUCGUUUUGGUGAAGAUCAAAAUUACCCUAAACGAAUUUUAUUGAUUUAUGAUGGUAUACAUUAUGAUCCAUUAGCACAAGAAUGUCCAAAUCGUGAUUGCCUAGUGACUGUAUUUUCGUCAAAUAAUGACUCAAUUCUUUUUGAAGCUCAACAAUUAGCAUCAAAAGCUCGUGCUGAAUGGGCAUUCACUGAUCUUUCAUCAUUUACAUUACUUUGUCGACAAUGUGAUGCACCAUUAGUAGGUCAAGAAGCUGCACAAAAACAUGCUCAAUUAACAGGUCAUACACAAUUUAGAGAAAUUACACAUUAA